AAACCUGUGGGAGAUGUUUGCUGCCACUGUUUCUAAUAAGGCAACUGAGCUCUUUGCUAGAAGCUGUUUACCUUCUGGGCUUGUGAAGUUGUGACCUUUCUAUUGAUACCAGACAAAAUGGAUGAAAUAUAUAAGAUCUCUUCAACUGAAAGAGUCCAACAGGUAGAGAAAGAAUUAGCUGUGCAGCUGACUGAACUGAAGACGGAAAUGGAAGGAAAUGGAAUCUUACAAGGAACUGCACAUUGUUCUGUGCCCCUUCCAAAAGAUGCUGAUUAUUUCAGAAGAGAAAGGGAGUGGAUACUGAAAAAAUGUUUACAGGUUGCAGAGGCAAAGCCUCUUGUAAUUCAAACUGAUGUCCUGCAGAGGGAGCUAGAUAGCUGUCUAAAAAGAGAAUAUACACCAGAAAGUUUACCCUUGUUGCUGUAUCAGUUUUUUAUUGACAGAAUCUCACAGUUAGUCCAAAGCAAAUACCUACAUAUGCUAAGAUGGAAAAGAUUUUGUCAGCACAGUAGUAUUAUUGAACAACUGUAUCCUUUCUACCAGAAACAAGUGGCUCAAAUUAUGCAGGAGUAUAAUGAUGCUGUUCAAAGGGCUGCGAGACUCUCAAGUGUACGAGAGAGCUUUCUGACUGGAAAAGAAAUUCCUAUAAACCUGGUGACCCAGGAAGAUUUGAUGAUCUACACACAAUGGCUAAUAUGUCACUUGCAUUCACUUAAGACCAUCCAUGCCUAUCUCCAGGUACUCCAACACUUGCCUAUCUCUCACAGGACAGAGGUAGCCAUUGACAGACAUCCAUUUCAAGGUGAUGGACAUAAAACUAAAGCUUCUGGAAAAAUGGAUUUUUUGUCUCUCAGGAUGCAGGUCUCUGUCCACCCUUGCUCUUUAGCCAUAGAGGGAACCAUUGCAAAGAACGCACUUCCUCAACACACUGCAGAAAUUGACCAACUGAAACCACAGCUCAGGCUUCUGCUUUCUCAACUGAAUAUUAAUUAUGACGUAGAUAAUCUGAGACAUUCUGUGAAUGAGAUGGAACUUUUUUCCAUGGUCAAACAUAAAUUUAGGAGCAUUUUCAAUAAACAACAAACAAUGAGAACAUUUCCUGUUUAUGAUGCUGGAACCCCUGGAUCAGACAAAUUGGCUCACUGCUAUGUAAUCAUCCUGAGUGAAAUUGAAAUUAAAUAUAUUGAGGAAGACAGAUUAUGUGCCUUAUGUGUAUAG